AUGUUUCGUCCAGCUCCACUGACGGAGCCUGAAGAGACUGAUCAGGAAGAGAAACUUGAUGCGAGAUCUAUAUUUCUAAAACGAGAUGACUUGAGCUCAAAACAUCAGAAUGAGAAGGUGGAGAAUACAGAGGAGCAAAAUGAGGGGCUAGAGGAGGAAAUCAAACGCAAGACAGAGGCCACGGUCUACGUUGAAGGCAUUCCAUAUGAAGCUAAUGAAAGCGACUUGGUGACAUACUUCUCGUCCUGUGGUACGGUGCGUGAGGUGCGUAUGCCACGCUAUCAGGACUCGGGCAAGCCUCGUGGCUAUGCCCACGUGGUAUUCGACGAAGAGGCCUCGCUGGAGAUGGCGCUGAAGUUGGACGGCAAGUACCUAUUCAAGCGCUAUUUAUCCAUUCGGCGAGCCGAAACUCCGCGAGCUGUGGAGCAGGCUUUAACGGAAAAGAGCCAAAAUGCCACAAAAAAGGUCAUCAAGGGAUGUCGCACCGUCUACAUCAAGCAGCUUCCGUACGAGGUUGAGGAAGGCACCAUUCGUGAAGCACUAGCAUCUUGUGGCACUAUCACCAGUGUCCGUUUGCCAAUUUGGAACCACACUAAGAAGCUUAAGGGCUUUGGAUACGUCGAAUUUUCAAGCGAGAACGAAGCGCUGGCUGCCGCCCGACGCAGUGGCAUGAAGAUUGGUGACCGCAUGGUAAUUAUCAGCUUAGACGCAUCUGGAAGCGCACCAAAGUCGAGUUUUCGACAACGAGAUGGUCAGUAUUGGAGCAAGGGCGAGGAGGCAAAGAAAUCACUGGCUAAGAAAAUUAGUGAGAAGCAGCUACGCCAGUCUGGUAACAAAAAGCGAAAGAACAAGUAG